GCAAGUUGCAGGCGCGGGGCUGCUCUCGCGCCCUUCCCCACGAAGCCCGGGCGGCGCGCGGCGGCGAUGUAGGCGGGCGCGCGGACCUUUUGCACCCCCGACUUCGCGGCACAAAGCGGCUCCGCGGCUUCUCCGUUCCCCCCCUCCCGCCAACCCGUGUGCGCCCUCCGCGGGACGCGGCGCUCGCCGCUGCCGCCUCUAUGAGCUCGGGCGUCCGGGAGCACAAGGUGAGAGGAGGUCACAGGAUGAGCCAUAUGGAGGAGAACUUCAGCCCUGACGAGGCUCGGUCUCAGCUGGUAACCAAAAGAAAAUUGCUUAAGAUGCUAAGCCUAAGCCCUGGACACAGCCAAGCCCGCGGGUCUGAAACAAGGGAGAAGAAAAUACCAUCCAUGACAUGGCCUGUGAAAACAGUGCAUACUAUCAAGAAACGCAAAGCCUUCUUGGUGCACCGGGGUACCCAGACAGAAGAGAUACCGGAUAUCUGCAUCGAAUGUGGGAAGGUCUUCAUCCAGAACUCCAGCCUGAUCAGCCCGUGGCCCGUCCAGAGCGACGAGAAGCCGCACAAGUGUUCUGAAUGCGGGAAAAGCUUUUCCGUCCGUUCCAGCCUCAACAGACACCAGAGGAUCCACACCGGAGAAAAGCCGUACAUCUGUCUCGACUGCGGCAAGCGGUUCAACGAUAAGUCCAACCUGACUCAGCACCAGCGGAUCCACACGGGCGAGAAGCCCUACGAGUGCAUUGAUUGUGGCAAAAGCUACAGCCGCAGCUCUCACAAGAAGAAGCAUUUGAAGGACCCGGCGGAAGAGCCGCGAGAAGUCUGCGCCCCGGCGGACAGAGCCAACGCCAGUGCCGCGGACGAGAAGCCCAAAGCGAAGCAGAAAGCGGAAGUGAUGAACACGUGUACGGAGUGCCUGCGGAGUUUCGGCCACAACGCUGACCUGAUCAAGCACAUGCGCAUCCACACGGGGGAGAAACCCUACAAGUGUAACAUCUGCGAGAAGAGCUUCAACGUCAGUUCUAACCUCUUUCGGCACCAGAGGAUCCACACCGGCGAAAAGCCGUACGUGUGUUCCGAGUGUGGGAAUUGCUUCACUGACAAAUCGACCCUGGUCCAGCACCAUCGGAUCCACACCGGGGAGAAACCUUACGCUUGCCGGUUCUGUGGCAAAUGUUUCAGCCACAGCUCCCACCACAAGAGACACGAGAAGAUCCACAACCGAGAGAACCCUCUCUUUGCUUACCCGAUCCCCUUGUUUUGUUAUGGGAAUGCAGGUGUGACCUGGAAGAAGAGCUCUCCGUUUCAUGAUGCCUCCAAAAAGUCGGGGCAGAACCCUAACAUCUGCACGGAGUGCGGGCAAACCUUUGCGCAGGCUUUGGAUUUGGUGAGCCACCAGAGAAUCCAUGCCGGAGAAAAGCCCCAUAAAUGCUCUGACUGCGGGAAAGCCUUCAGCCUCAGCUCCAACCUGAGCAGGCACCAGAGGAUUCACACAAGGGAGAAACCCUAUCUUUGCUCGGAGUGUGGGAAAAGCUUUGCAGACAAGUCGUCUUUGGAGCAACACGUGCGAACCCACUCGGGGGAGACCCCCUUCCAGUGUAUUGACUGUGGGAAAAUGUUCAGCCAGAGUUCCCACGAGAAGAGGCCUCNGAGGCCUUUGAACUAUG